AUGGAUAAUAGCAGCAACUGUGAAGAAUCUCAAUAUUUUGAUGCGCUGGAUCAGAUUAUUGAAGAACCUGACUUGUUCUGUGAUGAUUUCCCAUUUAUUACAAACAGAGAGUAUGAUGUGUGGAUCCAUGCUCCUCAAAGUGUUAAAGAGCGCCGUAGGGAGUUUGUUCGGUUGAUGAGUCUGGAUUUGGGUGAUUUUGAAAGAGGAAAUUCUGCAGAUAUAUGUGAAUGUUCCAAAAAUGUCCCUCUUGACAUAGGCGACAGUCACAGAAUUAUGGAGACUAGUGGCGCCGAACUAAGAAAUCCCGAAGAUGAAUUUUCAUCGAGUGAUUGGAAUACCGAGGAUUUAGAUUUGAGGGAGUGUAGGAAUGAGAAUUCGAAUUUUAACAGUGAAAAUGAAUGUAUUGUUGAUGGAACUGUGGAAAGGGAGCAAUUCGAGAAUUUCUCUCGAUUUUCUCCCUCAGUUGACCAAUUUGUACUGAGGGAAAUCAAGAACAAAUCGAAAAUUAGUUGGUUGAGAAAAUUGCGUUCGAUGACUUGCAUGGCUGGCAUGAACAUGAAAGAAGAUGGUGAUUUUAGGCGAGUUUAUGAGACGAGGAUACAAAAGGUUACGGUUCGCCACAGAAAGAGAAGGUCGAAAGAAUUUUCGGCCCUUUUCACAGGGCAAGAUAUCAAGGCCCACAAAGGGGCAAUUGUGGCAAUGAAAUUUAGUCUGGAUGGCAAGUACUUAGCUAGUGCUGGUGAAGAUAAGAUUGUCAGAAUCUGGCAAGUGGUGGAGGAUGAGAGAUUGAAUAUGGAUGAUAUCGACAUUCCAGAUUUAGAUCCGUCUUGUGUGUAUUUUUCGGCAAGUAAUCUAUCAGAAACAGGACCUCUCACUGUGGAAAAAGAUACAAUCGAUAAAUCCAAGAGCAGUGGUUUCAGAAGAAUGCGAGAGUCAGCAUGUGUUGUUUUCCCUCCAAAGGUUUUUCGGAUUCAUGAAAAGCCUCUGCAUGUGUUUGAGGGGCACGAAGGGGAAAUCUUGGAUCUUUCGUGGUCGCGGAAUAAUUGUCUUCUUUCAUCGUCAGUUGAUAAAACCGUUCGUUUAUGGCGGGUUGGAGUUGAUCAUUGUUUAAAGGUGUUUCUGCAUGGCGAUUACGGUAUGCACCCAACUGCAUUGCAACUCGUGACCUCAAUACAAUUUAAUCCGGUGAACGAUGAUUGCUUCAUCAGUGGAUCCAUUGAUGGGAAGGUCCGGAUUUGGGCGAUUGGUGAUUGCAAAGUUGUUGGGUGGACAGAAAUAACAGACAUUAUAACUGCUGUUUGUUACAGACCUGAUGGUCAGAGUGGUAUGAUCGGCUCUAUUAAUGGGACCUGCCGCAUUUUUGACUUAUCAGAUAAUGAUUUCCAGUUGGGAGCUCAGGUGUGUAUAACCAGCAAGAAGAAGUCACCCAGCAAACGAAUAAUGUCCUUUCAGUUUUCACCACGAGACCCAAGCAAAGUAUUGGUCACUUGCCUCCGAAAUGGUGGAAGCCAAAUCUCGGCAUCUUUCACUUCCGAUGGCAAGCACAUAAUCUCAGCAUCUGAUGACUCAAACAUUUACAUAUGGAAUUACACUUCUGCCCAAUCCAUUUCCAAACCCAAAACCAUUAGGUCCUUUGAAUGUUUCUUGUCCGAGGCUUCCAUUGCCAUACCCUGGCCAGCUCCAAAAUCCAAUUGGUUAGAUUAUUUCUCCCUUAGUCACCAAUACUUCCCAAACCCUCUUUCCAAAGGCUCUGCAACUUGGCCUGAGGAGAAACUUCCUGUCACAACACUCACAAAAUCACAGUACAAACUCUUUAAAAAUUCCUGUGAGACAUUGUCUGAAUCCCACGCUUGGGGCCUUGUGAUUGUGAGCGCCGGAUUUGAUGGGCGGAUUAGAUCGUUUCAUAAUUAUGGUUUGCCGGUGUCACUUUAAGACAGGAUAACCAUAAAAGAAAACGUAAAGAUUGUUAAUGGGAGUUGGGUAGUGAAAAAAUCUCGUCAGUGACAGGCUUUU